GGAUUGGGAGCCACGAGGGGCAGAGUUUAACGAGAUGGGCGUGGCUGAGGAGGUGAAGCUUGGGGGCUGGGUCUGUGGGCUCUGGGCCGAGUUGCAAAUCCGGAGGGUUUUGGGUCCUGGGUAUAAGUAAACAGUUUCUAGAGGGGUUUCGAGGCCUCGGCGGCACCAGUCCGAGCCCUACAUCUUGUCCGCUUUUGCCCCUACGCCCCCAGCUCUAGACUCCAAGCCUUGUCCCCUGAGUUCUUCCCUCGGAUGUCCGACAGCCCAGAGCCUGCAUGCGCCGUGGGGCGCCCCAGGACCUGGAGCUGGUGGGUCCGGGGUCCUCUGGGCGGGGGUCCCGGGGCGCCCCUCCUCCUUCGGGACCCGUCGUCCCGGUCCUCGUCUUUCCCCCGGAUCUAGUAUUCAGGGCGGACCAAAGGAGCGGACCCCGGCAGCUGCUGACACUCUAUAACCCCACAGGAACUGCGCUUCGCUUCCGAGUUCUGUGCACAGCACCUGCCAAAUACACGGUGUUUGACGCAGAAGGAUAUGUAAGACCUCAGUCCUGCAUUGACAUUGUGAUUCGCCACGUGGCCCCCAUUCCCAGUCAUUAUGAUGUCCAGGAUCGCUUCCGCAUUGAGCUGUCUGAGGAGGGCGCUGAGGGCCGAGUGGUGGGACGCAAGGACAUCACAUCAGUUCUGCGGGCUCCAGCAUACCCCCUUGAGCUUCAGGGACACCCUGAGCCAACACCCCAGCCAGGACCUCCUGCCUGGACAACACCACCUAUGGCCAGACACUUCCAGGAGAAUCCUCGUCAACAGCUGGCCACCAGCUCCUUCGUCCUCUUCUUGCUGACUGGCAUCAUCUCUGUGGCCUUCCUGCUGCUUCCACUC